AUGUUUGUUGAGAUGAAAAGAGCGGAUGAUGAAGAUGAUAAUGAGUGGAUGGAGAUUGACAGAACAGUACUUAGCCGCGAAAAAGAGAAUCGACUCACUGAGUGGCUGACAGAGUCGUCAAGGCGGGGAUUCGGGCGGACAAAGGAGCAGCUGCUGUCAACUGUCCAGAAAUGCCUGAACACAAAGGCAGAGACCACCGUCUUCAAGGACAACAUGCCUGGGGAGAAGUGGUACCGUCUGUUUUGUAAGCGUCAUGAGAACGAGCUCAGCCUUCGGACUCCCCAGGCACUUGGCUCACUGAGGGCUGCUGUCAGCGAGUACAAGAUUGUCGCCUGGUUCCAGAAGGCAAAAGAGGACAUCAGUCAGAUAGACCCUACUGUGUUGGAAUGCCCUGAGAGACUCUUCAACUGUGAUGAGUCAGGGUUUCAGCUGGGAGGAGGGGUGCAGAAGCGCUUCACCUACGACCCUCUCGAGGGCUUUGAGGAGGCUCAUAUGGCCACGUCAGGUAAUGUGUGGAUAGACAGUGAGAUUUUCGCCAGGUGGAUGGAGUCUGCUUUCUGUCCUGCUGUCGCACAUCUCCAGAAACCUGUCAUACUCUUUGCUGAUGGCCACAGCACUCACCUGACUCUGGAGAUCCAUGAGAUUUGCCGGUCUCAUGGCAUCAUUCUGUAUCAACUGCCCAGCCAUUCAAGCCAUAUCAUUCAACCGCUGGACCUGACCAGCUUUAAAAACUUCAAACGAGCGUGGUAUGAGGAAGUGAUGAAGUACUAG